AUGCCAGUUGGUAGUAUCUUUAAUACUGGAGAAACCUACUUACUGUCACAAAAUGCUACUUUGUGCUUCAUGUCUUUGGUUCUGUGUUCAGUUCCUGAACUGGUUGCAAUAGAAACUGCCAAGCACAAAGAGGCUCUGAGAAAUCUUGAUCUACAACAUAAUUCUGAACUACAAGCGCAUGAGAAACGAUCAUCAACAGGUGGAGGUGAGUUUUAUGUUGAAGCUGAGUUACGAGACAGAUUAAGUAAUUUGGAUGCAAGACGGAAUGAGGCAGAGGGAGAAGUAUCUGGUUUAAGGGUUCAGAUUUCUACUGACCGUACUACAGCUCAAGCACAGCUGGCAUCCGUGAUGCGUGGGAUGGAAGAACGUCGUUCAUGCUAUGGAAGAGAGUCGAAACGAUGCAGAAGAACGCUUCGAGUUCAGAUAGCUUCGAACACAUCCCUCACAUCUGCUAAUGCAAAGCUGAACUCUCAGAUACAUUCUCUUACCAAUCAGCUAGCUGAGCUUCAAGCAGCUGUUGACGGUAAAGCCCUGGAAGUAAAGGCUGCCGAAUCUCGUGUGAGGGAGGAGGUAAAAGAACAACUUGAAGAGCUGAAACAAGAACGUGAACAAACAGCCCAGCUUAACAGCACUGUGAUUAAGCUUCAAAGAACCAUCUCCGAGAAUCAGCUGGAGUACGAUUCCAACAUCCGUAAGCUAGAGGAUAAACUAAGACAUGCAAAGCAAGAAGUAAAGCAGAGAGAGGAAGAGCUGUUGAAAAUUCGAGAGGAUGAGGAACGUAGAGUUGGAAUGUUGCACUCUGCAUUUGUUUCUUAUUUCAAUACAUCACCAUCAUCCCCAACAAAAGCUAAUCAGAUGAAAUAACUGUGGUUUAGAGGGGAAUAUCUCUUGCAUUAUGGAAUUCUAAUGCAGAUUCUGCCAUUAUAAAUUGGAAAAAUUAUUUUUUUAGAAUUUUUUUUAUGGUCAAGCUACUGUUUGUGUAUUCCUUUUCGUGCCAACCUGGGGUAAUAAACGCUGAAGCAGCAUUUGCAACGUCAGUUGAAAUGUAGAAUUCCAGUUGCUGUAUGAUUAGACUCUCAGUUUCACAAUAUUAUUAUUAUUAUAUUGUAUAAGGUCCACAAUAUAUCAAUGGUAGAAUGUGAGACUUUAUUAAAAUUUAUAAAAAGCUUUCAGGCCAGCCAAAAUGUGAUGAGGUAAACUUCUGAAAAGAUGACAUAAAGGAUGGAUGGUGGUGUUUUGUUGUUUGUAUGGUGUUUUUACAUUGCAUGGAACCAGCGGUUAUUCAGCAACGGGACCAACGGCUUUACAUGACUUCCGAACCACGUCGAGAGUGAACUUCUCUUACCGAAAUACACCUCUCUCACUCCUCAAUGAAUGACCGAGAUUUGAACUCGCAACCACCGAGGUGGGACGCCAACACCAUACCAACCACGCCACUGAGGUGGUGUGGUUAGCUCCCCCAACGGUCACGUUAAUGAAGGAAGUGGUCACCUGCCCAACUAGGUAAUUUCAUCUCCUCUUUUUGUAUUUCUGGCUACUAUCCUACUUGAUCUUCUUGGGCUGUUGGGACACGAUACCUAUUCCCUCUGGAGGAGUCUCAUAGAAUACGGGUACGGACUGAUGGGUGUUGUAAAGUACCUGUAGAGGGGGAGGUGAGGUAGAAGCAGCAUUAGACGAAGAAAAA